ACACACAACAACAUGGUUCCCUUGUUUUGGACUUGUGCAGCGUGCUACGUGCUAUGCGUGGGGAUGCUUCUUUGAGGCUGAACCAGUGGACGACAUUACUCCCCUUCCACCAGGCGAUGGCUCAACCCGGGGGAAGGUGUGCCGAGUCCGGGCGCAGGCUGCGCUCCAUCUGCCGGCGAAUGUACGAUGAGAACGAGGACUUGUCUGAUGUGGAGGAAAUAGUCAACAUCAGGGGUUUCAGCGUGGAGGAGAAGCUGGCCAGCGACCGCUAUGGUGCAGAUUUUGUCUGCGUAAUGGAGGGUAAAGACUUCACAUAUGAAUAUGUGCAAAGGGAGGCAUUAAGGGUGCCGCUUAUCUUCAAAGAAAAGCAAGGACUCGGGAUCAGAAUGCCUGAUCCGGAAUUCACAGUCUCCGAAAUUAAAGGCUUAGUUGGCAGCCGUCGGUCUGUGGAUGUCAUGGACGUGAGCACUCAAAAAGGCUCCGAAAUGACCAUGUCCCAGUUUGUGCGUUACUACGAGACGCCGGAGGAGGAGCGGGACAAACUGUUCAAUGUGAUCAGCUUAGAGUUCAGCCACACCAAACUGGAGCACCUCAUCAAGAGACCCACUGUGGUGGAUCAAGUCGACUGGGUGGACAACAUGUGGCCUUCCUAUCUGAAAAAGAGCCAAACAGAAGCCACCAAUGUGAUCUCAGAGAUGAAAUACCCUAAAGUGCAAAGGUAUUGCUUGAUGAGCGUGAAGGGCUGCUAUACUGACUUCCAUAUUGAUUUUGGGGGGACAUCUGUUUGGUAUCACGUCUUCAAGGGACAAAAAGUGUUCUGGCUAGUGCCACCCACACUUAACAACCUGGCGCUGUACGAGGACUGGGUGCUGUCGGGCAAGCAGAGCGAUGUCUUCCUGGGAGACAGAGCGGACGGUUGCCAGAGAGUGGAGCUCAAGCAGGGAUACACCUUCUUCAUUCCAUCUGGGUGGAUCCAUGCUGUCUACACUCCCGAGGACUCACUGGUCUUUGGAGGCAACAUUCUGCACAGCUUCAACAUUCCAAUGCAGCUUACCAUUCAUGAGAUAGAGAACAGAACCAAGGUUCAUUCCAAGUUCCGCUUCCCCUUUUACUACGAGAUGUGUUGGUACGUCCUGGAGAGAUACAUGUACUGCCUGACCAAACGCACCUACCUUUCUCAGGAGAUCUGCAAAGAGCCUUUCUUAAUGGGAAGCCCCUCCUCUGACUCAAGAAGCCAGGACACGAAUGAAUACGUGUGUGAGGUGCAACUCAGGGAUGAGGAAGAUCCCUGCUUGGAGACCCAGCACUUGAAAUACAUCUUAUCUGCUGACUCUGAGGACAGCUGCAAUCCUGUCUUCCCCAAAACCCCUUCUGCAUCCCCGGCCUCGGAGUGGCACAAUAAAUGGACUCAUCUGACAGAAUUUGAACUAAACGGACUCAGGAGGCUGGUUGAGAAGCUGGAGUCGCUCCCUGAACAUAAGAAAUGUGUUCCAGAAGGUCUGGAGAAUCCGCAAGGCCUGCUGGAGGACAUGAAGGUUGUCUUAAAAGAGCAUGCUGAUGAUGACCCAAAAUUAGCUAUCACUGGACUUCCUGUUGUGGUCUGGCCAAAGAAAAUCAUGAAGACCCGGCCUCCAAAUCGACCCAAACCCAAGAUGGCGGCGUCCCCGGCUUCGGCGAUUAAGCUCUCGGCGAGUCGGGGAACCUCCGGCGCAAGGAGGAGACGGACGCGUUGCCGCAAGUGUGAAGCGUGCCUGCGGACGGAGUGUGGUGACUGUCACUUCUGCAAAGACAUGAAAAAGUUCGGCGGGCCGGGAAGAAUGAAGCAGUCGUGCAUCAUGAGGCAGUGUAUCGCCCCCGUCCUGCCACACACAGCUGUGUGUGUGGUCUGUGGAGAAGCAGGCAAGGAGGACACUGUUGAGGGGGAAGAGGAGAAGUUCAACCUCAUGCUAAUGGAGUGCUCCAUCUGCAACGAGAUCGUCCAUCCUCACUGUUUAAAGGUGAAAGAUUCAAGCGGAGUUAUCAAUGAUGAGUUGCCAAACUGCUGGGAAUGUCCAAAGUGUAAUCAUGCUGGUAAAACUGGAAAACAAAAAAGGGGCCCAGGAUUUAAGUAUGCGUCAAACCUCCCGGGCUCCCUCCUGAAAGAACCGCGUCAAAGCCGGGAUGCCAAAGAGGAGGCCGACUCUCCCUUGCUGGCGUCGGCGACUGUUAACGCUCUGAACACCGCCAAGAGGAAAGCCGAAAGGGACGAAAUUCCAAGGAGGAGAGAGGAAGAGAAUACCAAGAAGCGACACCCCCUGCUGUCCCUGGAUGGUUCCCCCCGGCCUCCAAGGCAGGAGGACAACCCGCUGAGGAAGAAGAAAAAACUGUUUGACACAAGUGAUGAACCUGGCAACGUGAAAAGAAAGCUCCCCAAACUGGACGAUCCUUUGACUGCAAAGCUGUUGAGACACAUCAAGACCGAGAACGACCUCGGCGAGUACGAAGACAUCCAGGAGUCCCGCCAGGAAGACAGGUUCUCUUUGCACAGGAUCCAUUUCAAGGAGAAAAGGGAAUUUGACAACCCAGAGGAAGAUGAGGAAGGGGACUAUAAUUUGGACAAAUCCAAAGGAGGCCUGCUAAGUCCGCUAAGGAGAACGUCGGCAGGAAGAGAGGGGUGCGACCACAGAGCUGGACCCAGUGGCGAGCCGGGGGAUGUCGGUUCUCAGUUAAAAGCUCGUCUUCACUGCAGACGCCUUCCUAACAGGGAGAUAAACAAAGACAAAACGGAAGACGCUGUAAACAAUCAGAGGACAGACGAUCACGAAUCGACCAAUAGGAGAGCACACAAAGUGGAGGAAGGCGGACCCAUUCAAAACAGAAGGCCCAAACAGAAGACAGAGGAGUUCCUGUCCAAUCAAAACCACAGACCGGUUAAGGUGGAGCCCGACAACGACAUAGUGGUGUCCAAUCCAAAAUGGCCGCUCAACAAUGGCAGCAGCGAUCUUGGGGGCUGGCUGAGACACAGCGGGCAGGAGCAGAACAGGACGCCGCGCCGCCACUCGCCUCUCAGCUCCAACCGGAACACUCCGAUAGCGCCGCGUCCGCUUCCCUGUCGCUCACCACCCAAAUGCGUCCAAAUGGAGCGCCACGUCAUCCGCCCACCUCCAAUCAGCCCCCCUCCCGAUAGACUCCCCUUAGUAGACGGCGAGGAGCAUGUGAUGCGGCGUGAGACCUGGAUGUCUGUGUUCGGCCACCUGACGCACAGAGAUCUCUGUGUGUGCAUGCGCGUGUGCAGGACGUGGAACAGAUGGUGCUGCGACAAGAGGCUGUGGAAGCGCAUCAAUCUGAACCGCUGCAAGUCCAUCACGCCCCUCAUGCUGAGCGGGAUCAUUCGGAGGCAACCGGUGGCGCUGGACCUGAGCUGGACCAACAUCUCCAAGAAGCAACUCAGCUGGCUCAUCAACAGACUUCCUGGUUUACGGGUACUCCAGGUGUCCGGGUGCUCAUGGGUGGCCGUCUCUGCUCUUUGCACAUCCAGUUGUCCUCUCCUGAGAAUUCUGGAUGUCCAGUGGGUGGAAGGACUGAAAGAUGCCCAGAUGCGGGACCUACUUUCACCUCCUACGGAUAACAGGCCAGGCCAGUUAGACAACAGGAGCAAGCUGCGCAACGUGGAGGACAUCCGGCUGGCCGGUUUGGACAUCACGGACGCCACUUUGCGCCUCAUCAUCCGCCACAUGCCCUCGCUGUCCAAGCUGGACCUCAGCUACUGCAACCACGUCACCGACCAGUCAGUCAACAUCCUGACCGCUGCCGGGACCACCACCCGGGACUCUUUGACGGACAUCAACCUAUCCGUGUGCAACAGGGUGACGGACCAGGCGCUGACCUACUUCAAGCGCUGCGGGAGCAUUCGCCACAUCGACCUGCGCUACUGCAAACAGGUGAGCAAGGAGGGAUGCGAGCGCUUUGUGGCGGAGAUGUCUGUUAGCGUGCAGUUUGAACUCAUCGAGGACAAACUGCUGCAGAAGAUCAAGCUUUUAACAGGCGAUUAAAGCGCUGUCCACAUGGGGGCAGCACGCCACUGUACACUGUAUGAUGGAGGACGGCACUGUGUGUUGUUUCCUCCUGAUAACUACUGAGCCAGAAUGUACAAAAAAAAACCCAUUUAUGUUAAUGUGAAGCCUUUAUUGUUUGUUGUUUUUGCACCUAAGUGUUCAAAGUUAUUUAUUGACUAUUUUCUACCAUGACGGUGUGUGUUUGUUCUGUUCUAAUGCAAAACUUAUUGCAUUGCAAGAGUGCUAUUUUUGUAUCAGAAAGCCUUUCUAUAAUAUUCUAAUAUUGAUAUUGGUAAUCAAUCAGUAUGCUCUUCAUUUUUGGGAGGUCGUUUUCUUAUUUUGUAGCUUAUUUCGUUGAAGAUAUGUGACAUUGUGUAUUUCAUUUGCACCUUUACUGAUGAAUAUUCAUGCAUCACUGGAGACGAGCGCCAUUCAACAGAAACUUUAUAAACGUACGUCAAAGAUCUGCUAUAUGACAGGAGUGCUGUGCUGUUUUUAGGAAUCUACUGCAAAAGUGCUCGUCCAAGGUCCUCGAUAUGACAGAAAUGCUUGGGAAAAAAACAGAUAUGCUCGAUGGAACCUACUGCAAAAAUACUAGUCAAAGAUCCUCUAUGUAUGUAACAGAAGUAACAAGAGCGCCCUAAUGUUUUGAAGAACCUAAUUCAAAAAAAGAUCAGUCAAAGAUCCUCUAUGCCAAGAGCGCUCUUCGGUUUUUAAGGACCUCCUGCAACCUCCUCCCAAACCCAGAUCAGAGAUUCUUUAUUUGACAGGCGUGCUUUGCUGUUAUUAAGAAUCUACUGCAAAAACGCCAGUCAAAGAUCCUCUCAAUAUGACAGGAGUGCUUUGCUCUUUUAAAGAAUGUACUGCAAAAACGAUAAUCAAACAUCUCCAACAGUAGAUGACAGGAGUGUUUUGCUCUUUUUAACGAGCUUCUGCAAAAAUGCUAGUCAAAGAUCCUCUCUAUUUGACAGGAAUGCUCUUCUGUUAUUAAGAAGCUACUGCAAAAAGCUAGUCAAAGAUCCCAGACAGUAGAUGACAGGAGUGUUCUGCUCUUUUUAAGGAGCUACUGCAAAAAUCCCAGUCAAAGAUCCUUUAUGUGACAUGAGUGGGUCCUUGUCCAAAAAUGCUAGUCAAAGAUCCUCUCUAUUUAACAGGAAUGCUCUGCUGUUAAGAAGCUACUGCAAAAAUGCUAGUCAAAGAUCUCAGACAGUAGAUGACAGGAGUGUUCUGCUCUUUUUAAGGAGCUACUGCAAAAAUCCCAGUCAAAGAUCCUUUAUGUGACAUGAGUGGGUCCUUGUCCAAAAAUGCUAGUCAAAGCUCCUCUCUAUUUAACAGGAAUGUUUUGCUCUUUUUAACGAGCUUCUGCAAAAAUGCUAGUCAAAGAUCCUCUCUAUUUGACAGGAAUACUCUGCUGUUAUUAAGAAGCUACUGCAAAAAGCUAGUCAAAGAUCUCAGACCGUAGAUGACAGGAGUGUUCUGCUCUUUUUCAGGAGCUACUGCAAAAAUCCCAGUCAAAGAUCCUUUAUGUGACAUGAGUGGGUCCUCGUCCAAAAAUGCUAGUCAAAGAUCCGCUCUAUUUAACAAGAAUGCUCUGCUGUUAAGAAGCUACUGCAAAAAUAAUAGUCAAAGAUCCUUUCUAUGUGACAGCAGUGUUUUGCUGUUUUUAAGAACCUACUGCAAAAAUGCUAGUCAAAGAUCCUUUAUAUGACAUAAAUGUUGUUCUGUUUUUAAGAACCUACUGCAAAAGCACUAGUCAAAGAUCCUCUAAAGGACAUCACACUGGUGUUUUUAGGAAUCUGCUGCGAAAAUGUUAGUCGCUGUCUUAUUUUGACACCAACUCCCGGGCCGCUCUGAUGUCCUUCACGGUCCGGAUUUGGCCCGCGGGCCGCCAGUUGAAUAGCACUGCUGUCAAGUGUAUAAGUAGAUGUUUUUCCUUUCUUGCUUCAAAGAAAAGUGUCCGUCAUUCGUCCAUCAUGCUUGUUCUUUGUUAAAGGAAGUAUAUUAGCUCAGCAUGCAGCACUUGAACACUCCAAGCUGUCAUUCUCAUGAAUGGACAAGGAAAAAAAAGAACAUCCACUUUUUGCAUAAAAAGGCAGCUAGUCUGAUUAAAAUGCAAGUGAGAAAAUGUAAAUGUCUUUAUUACAAAAUGUUGGUUUUUUUGCUUAUGAUAUUGGAAGAACGGGCCAAAAAAUAGUUGGACCAUCAUUUAUUUUGAAAGUUUGGUUAAACUCCAUUGGCAAUAACCCCCCAAAACAAUGAGGGGAAAAAUUAUUUUUCACUGGAAAACUACAAACUAAAAACAGAUGCACUUUUUUUUGCCAUGUCUUUAUAUGUACUUUCUUCUAAAUGUAUUUUUCCCCACCGAUUUUUGUAUUUUUUAUAGUAUUUAUUUGAUUUUCCAAAACUCCACUUUUAAUGUUAAUUGUUCAAUGUUAAAAAAAUACUUCAACUAAUAGAUACCUGGUCCUCUCUGUAGUUGAGUAAAUCAAAACCAGAAUGUGAGAAAAUACAGUAUUGGCUGUUGGAAGUUGUACACAUUCAAAAUAAUUUGAAUAUCUAUCUAUCUAUAUAUAUAUAUAUUAUGAAAAUAUACAGUAUAGAAUCUAAAGCUAAUACUAUUUAUAUAAUUACAUAAUUACAAAAAUGUAUAUAUGUAUUUGUUUUUUUGUUGUUGUUUUUUUUUUACCACAACAGAGUGCAAACUGAUGUUCCCUUAUUUUGUAUUGUUAAACCUCAUACGUUGCUAUACUUCCUGUACAUGUUGUACAUACACAUUUAAAGACAUUUAGCAAGAGUUCUGUCCACUUUUGGAGACAUUUGAAAUACACAAAAAAAGAGGAUUACACAGCUUUUGUUGUACUGGAUUUUAUUGACUCUAAUAAAUCUUUUUGUUUGUUUACCAAAAUAAAAAGGUCCAACAUUCCAAAAUAUGAAGAUCCAGGAUAAUGAGUGCUCAUGAUUAACCUCUUCUCUUGUUCUGCUAAGACCGUAGCUGCCCGUGAAUGACAUCUUUCAUUAUGAGAUGACUGCAGCAUUGAAAUAAAAAAAACAAACAAACCCAAAAAACAGACAUAAAUCAACCAAGACCAUUAAGAUAUUUAAUGUUGAAAUGACAAAAACCCAGCAGCGAUACAUUCUGUUCAUAAACCUUUGAGCCUCCCUGCUAUAGUGCAUGGAAAAAUAGACAUAUAUUUCAUCAACAAUAGAAGCUAUCUAUGCAUUACACUUACAUGUGAUCCACACCAAUGAUUACAGUGGAUGAGGUUGCUUCCUUUUGCAUAACAUAAAUUGACGCUAUUGCUUGGUGCUUUGUUGUUAUUUCAUUAAUCCUAAAUGAAAGAGGACUACUAGACCAUUUAAAAUAAGGGUACCACUCAUACAAAAGGUAUUUAUGAUCACCGUUCAAAAAUCAUAUUUACCAAUAACCAUAAAGCUUGCCUAAUGUUUUUGUACAUUACUUCAGUGGAACCUUUUCGGGUCCAACACAAUGUGAUGCUACAAAAUGCAAUCCAAUAUUUUACCAUUGGAAAUAAUGGGAAUAGGAUAAGUCCGUUCCAGGGUUAAACUGUCCACCUUUAAUAACUAAACAGGCAAUGUUUUAGCAUUUUAACCUGAGCUUUGUAGGGUUUUUUUGUGGAUUAAACAAUGAAUUUGCAAAAAAAACAAACAAACAACAACAACAUGGUUUUCUGUGAUGUUUUUUGUAACUUGCUGGAAAGAAAAUAACAUAAUGAAGAGAAUAAUGUUGGACGUUAUUUUGGCAAAAAAUAUAUUUGAAAAAAAUAUAUAAUUUUUGGAGAGAAUAUAUGCAUAAUAUUACAAGCCUAUUUGCGUUUAAAAUGAAAAAAAUAUUUGUCUUAAUAAUUGUAAUAUAAUACAGUGUUCCCUCAUUUGUCGCCCGUAAAAUAGCCCGCAGUAAGUUCAUCCACAAAGUAGCCAACCUGUUUUUUGUUUUUUUUACAAUUAUAUAAAACGCUUCACCAUACACAGACAAUAAUAUCUUCACAUUUCUCUUUUGUUUCAUACUAAUUUUGGUUAGGUUGGAAAUUGAGUGAAUUGCAUGUAUUUCACUCCUUUGACCGUACCUCGUCCUGGUGCUGUUUGGCUGUAGAGUUUUUGUAUCCUUGUUAAAAUAUAUUACAUAUUAUAUUACAUUCAAAGAUUCAUUUCCAGUAUUCCAUAAUGGCGCCCUACUGCCACGUAGCUUCUGCGUUCCUUCAACAUGUAUAAACGUUAGCAAACAACUAGCGAUCAUACAACAGGAAACACGGUAGUACUGCGCGAAGGAGAUUGAUUGACAGUGGUCUACACUCAAUCAGAAUGGGCGGAUUCUCCCUUAGUCAACCAGGACUCUUGUGGCUGUAUUUCAAGGAUGACAUCUUUACUCCAGCUGGACACGUCUUCAACUCCCACAUGAGUAUACAACACCCUCUACUUGUAGCAGUAAUAAAUACAAUAACAGACAAAAAACCAGCACCGAUAGAUCGCUCUAAUACACCACAAUGAUGUAGAACACAAUGCACGUUCAUUCAUUCAUUCAUUCAUUCAUUUUCUACCGCUUUUUCCUCACGGGGGUCGCGGGGGAUGCUGGAGCCUAUCCCAGCUAUCUUCGGGCGAGAGUACACCCUGGACUGGUCGCCAGCCGAUCACAGGGCACAUAUAGACAAACAACCAUUCAUACCUAUGGGCACUUUGGAGUGGCCAAUUAACCUAGCAUGUUUUUGGAAUGUGGGAGGAAACCGGAGUACCCGGAGAAAACCCACGCAUGCACGGGGAGAACAUGCAAACUCCACACAGAGAUGCCCGAGGGUGGAAUUGAACCCUGGUCUCUUAGCUGCGAGGUCUGCGCGCUAACCACUAGACCGCCGUGCCGCCCCAUGCAUGUUCAUAUGCUAGUAAAA